GGAGGCGCGGUCGGCGCUGGCGCCGCACAAACCCACGCGCUCGGGCAGCCUGCGCGAGGCGCCGUCCGGCCCCGGCCCCGCGCCCGGCCACGCCCCCGCCGACGGCAGCAGCCCCGCCAGCAGCUCCAGCGGCUACGACCCCGGCUACGAGCAGGUGCACAACCACAACCACAACCGCGCCCACGCGCACGCCCACCACGCCACGCCCCGAGCCGCUGCCGCCUCGACGCGCUCGCUGUACGCGUCGCCGGCGCCUGCGAACGGGCCGGGCGCGGGGCGGCCGUUUGCGCGGUCGGCGUCGCUGCCCGCCUGCUACGGCGCCAUCGCCGACGCCCUCGCCCUCGACGCUCUCGACGCUCUCGAUGCCCUAGACGCCGACGCCCUCUACGCCGCCUGUGCGCCCUCACAGGGGGGCGUGGCCGGGCUGGCGCGGGGGCGCGCGGGAGGUGCGCGGCCCGCGCUGCACCGCAGCCUGGAGGACGCGUACGGCGCCGUCGUCGGCGCCAACCACGAGGCGCUCGCCCACGCCCUCGACCGCGU